UCAUGUGAUUGUGCUUCGCGCGCAGGAAGAAGAAGCGCGCGAAGGGGCGGAGCUUCAGUGCAGCUGAGCGACGUGUUCUAAUCAUCAAACUGUCUGUUAGCAGUUCAUUCAUCACUGAAGAUAUGGUGUUAUUAGAAAACGACGCGUUCCUCACUGAACUCACGCGUCUGUUCCAGAAGUGCAGGACCAGCGGCAGCGUCGUCAUCACACUGAAGAAGUACGAUGGCAGAACGAAGCCGGUCCCCAGGAAAGGCCAUCCGGAGACGUUUGAACCGGCCGACAACAAAUGUCUCAUCAGAGCUUCAGAGGGCAAGAAGAAAAUCAGCACAGUGGUCAGCACCAAAGAAGUCAUAAAGUUUCAAAUGGCGUAUUCGAACUUGUUGCGAGCGCACAUGGACGGCCUGAAGAAGAAAGACAAAAAGAGUAAAAGCAAGAAAACUAAAGCCACAUAGUGACGGACAGUGUCGGAGUGAAAGACAGGUGUGUACGAUUCAUUCAACACUGGCCAGUGCCACUCCGCCUUCCCAUCAGCCCCGGCGGACGCCAGUGACAUCAUCAGGAAGUGACUUCAGCAGUGACAUCAUCGCGAAGAACCUGCCAACGUUUGACAUCUGCUGCUCCAAACCUCGGAAACCACAUCUGAUUCGUCUUGACGUGAUUUAAUGACCGUUUUCAGUUCGUU